UAUUUGGUGAAAUAGCCUACAAUAAAACCAAAAACCCAGAAAAAAAAUAUAUAAUAACCCAAAACCCUUCUUCGUCUUCUUGUUCUUGCUAAAUCAAAGCAGUGAAAUUGUAGUGAACAUGAGAUGGCUGCCUCCAUUUCCAAAACAUUGACCAGAAACAUUCGAUUUAUCACCACUUCUUCUUCUGCCCCUUCGUUACCUCGUUUCUUCUCCACUUCUACUGCAUCUGCAUCUGCUCUUUCCGCCAUUGAUGACCCCACCAUUCCUCAACCUCAACAUCAAGGAAAGCAGCAGAGAGGAACAUGGUCGAAGAUGUUUCUCUUUCUUCCUGGGGCUAUUACUUUUGGUCUUGGCAGUUGGCAGAUUAUCCGACGACAAGACAAGAUCAAAACAUUGGAUUACAGAAGAGAAAGGUUGGCAAUGGAGCCAAUUGAGUUUAAUGACAUAGCUUCUGGUGAGAACUCUAAUACUUUGGAAUUUCGGAGGGUGGUCUGCAGAGGAGCUUUUGAUGAGAAGAAGUCAAUAUAUGUGGGCCCACGAUCCAGAAGUAUAUCAGGAGUUACAGAAAAUGGAUACUAUAUUAUUACACCUCUUGUACCUAUUUCUGGCAAUCUGGAUAGCGUUCAGUCCCCAGUUUUAGUGAAUAGAGGAUGGGUCCCACGUAGUUGGAGGGACAAGGCACUGGAAUCUUCUCAAGGUCUUGAAGAAGAUGAAGAUGUACCCAGCACUGCUUCAUCAUCUGGUGAAAUUCGUUCAUUCUGGAGAUUUUGGUCUAAGAAGCCCCAAACAACUGAGGAACUAGCUCCAUCUGUCACUCCUGUGGAAGUAAUUGGCGUGAUUCGUGGGAGUGAAAAACCAAGCAUUUUUGUCCCAGAAAAUGAUCCUGCCUCUGGUCAGUGGUUUUUUGUUGAUGUUCCUGCUAUUGCCCAUGCAUCUGGCCUUCCUCAGAAUACAGUCUACAUUGAGGACAUUAAUGAUAAUGUUAGCGCAAGCAAUCCAUAUCCUGUUCCAAAGGAUGCUAGUACUUUGAUUCGCAGCUCAGUCAUGCCGCAAGACCAUCUAAAUUACACAUUAACAUGGUAUUCUCUAUCAGCUGCUGUGACAUACAUGGCUUACAAGAGAUUAAAGCCCAGAAAAAUCCGGAGAUAGUAUUUAAUUUAUAGAAGUCCUGGGAAUUCCCUGUUUAUUUUUAGACCGUGCUAGAGAAUACUGAAGAUCAGGUGCUGUCUACCGAUUAAUGACAUCUUUUGUCAUCAUGUCAGAGGACUUAUUUUGCUGUUAUAAGAUAGUCUGGUACGUCUGGUAUAUACAAGCAGCAGAUGAUGAUAUUGAUUUUGCAAACAAAACUUUGAGAAUUUGAAACAUUGAUAGAAAUUUUGGAAUAUAACUGUUGGAACAGAUCAGUUCUUUUUCAUAUCACAGAUUAACAGAACACUGAUGUACAAGCUGCUAUACAAGUCCAGGGCAUCAGGCCUUCCAGGGGUAGAGGCGCAGAGCCUUAAAGGGUAAUUACUUUAAUCUUUUCAGAUGCCACAGGUGUUCAAGACCAAUAUUAGAGGGUGAUGAUACAAUAAUUUUUUGCAUUCUAGACUGAAUAUCAACACAUCAUUGCCAGACAUCCAAUAAAGAAAACUCUUUGCUUCGUCACAAUAGAGCUUGUAUUCUGACUUAGUACUUUGUAAUCUUUGUAUUUGCUAUAUCAAUUUUUGAUUAUUUUUGACA